GUGACCGGUGUGUGUGUGUGUUGUGAGUGUGUGUGACAGAUGUGUAUGUGUGUGCAGCUGGUGCUGGCGGUGGGUGUUCUGCUGAUGGUGGUGCUGGUGUUCACGUAUCCUCACAGUGUGCCGCUGCUGGACUCCUCGAGCGCGGCGGGACACAACAGCUCUUCUCCUCUCAGUCACGCGCGGCUGCUAGCGCUGCCCAUCACCCAGAAAUACAAGCUGCACGGUUUUCACGAGUGGUGGGUGUCUGGCGCGCUGCAGAUGCCGCAGGGGAACUGCUCGGCCUGCGCAGACGUGACAGCGGUGAUAGAGCUGAGAGCGUCUGCGGGGAUCGAAAAACACACACAGCCACUGCUGCUCAAGGGCGGAGAGUCUCUGUCUCGCCGUAUCUCUCAUCUGGAGCAGUUAUCACAGCCAGACACACUCACAGCAACACCUGCCAACUUCACCCUGCUCUGGAGUUUCUCGUCCAGUCCCAGAGAGACGGUUCUCCGCUGGUUAUUUCCUGAUGCUGAGCUCUGCCCUCUGCUAGAGAACACAGGAACAACACUGCAGCGCUGCCAGCUGACCGACAGCACCAGCACACAACACACGGUCAGAACACACACAGAAUCACUCUCUCUC